AUGAAGUCGCCAGAGCCUCUCGACAUGGCCCAGUUCACGGCCCUCGCGACCUCCCUUUCCCAUAGCGCCAAUAACAAGCACAUGAAGUACGGACUUGCACUAGCCGUUGUGCUUGUUGGGCUGUAUCUGUAUCUGGUCCCCAACUCCAUUACCGUGAGUAUACGUUCCGAGAUCCCCGGAGGAGUAAACUCCCCCCCUGGACCCCGAGGCUGGCCCUUUAUCGGCAACUUCUACGAUCUGGCCGACGGAGAACAAGUUCGCGUCAAAGUGCGGGAAUGGCAUCGCAAAUAUGGCGACGUCUUCUACACCAAGAUCGGCGCCACAGACUACAUCUGGCUUUCCUCGCCCAAGGCAGUCAAAGACUUGAUGGACAAAAAGUCGGGGAUCUACUCCUCCAGGCCGCAUCUGCCUCUUGCCCAAGACGUCGCCAGCGGCAAGUCGCGCCAGCUUUUCAUGCCCUACGGCCCAGCAUGGAGAAACCUCCGCAAGCACAGCCAUGCCCUGCUCAAUCUCGGCGCCGCCACCAAGUACAAGCCCGUGCAGGACUUCGAGUCAAAGGUCGUGCUGCAGAAUCUCCUCGACCAGCCCGACAAUUUCUACACCAUCAACCGGCGCUACUCCACCUCAGUCAUCAUGCUCGUCGCCUACGGUAUCCGCGUCCCCACCUUCAAAGACCCCAUCAUCACCAAGAUCUUCAGCGUCAUGGAGAACCUCUCCGUCAUCAUGGCGCCGGGCGCUUUCCUCGUCGAGACCUUCCCCGCCCUUGCCAAGCUGCCGGACACGACAGCAAGAUCUACCUCGACCUCUGGGAGAACCUUAAAGAAGACCACGGACGAAGGCAAAGCGCGCGACUGCUUCUGCAAAGACUUCUACCUCGGCAAACCCGAGAAGAACGGCAUCGACAACCUGCUGGCCGCCUACACGUGCGGCGGUCUGAUCGAGGCCGGCUCCGAGACGACGGCCACGACAAUCAACAACUGGAUCCUCGGCAUGCUCUUCUACCCGGAUGAGCUGAAGAAAGCCCAGGAAGAGAUCGAUCGUGUUGUCGGUCCGGAUCGUCUGCCGCAGUGGGACGACGAGAAGGCCCUCCCUUAUCUGCGCGCUAUGAUCAAGGAGACGCUGAGGUGGCGGCCCGUCAACAAGUACGGCAUGUAUCACUCCUCAACCGAAGAUGACUGGUACGAGGGCCACUUCAUCCCCAAGGACUCGGUCGUCGUGCUCAACUGGUGGGCUAUCCACAACGACCCGAGUCGCUACCCGGAACCCGACGUCUUUCGCCCGUCGCGGUAUCUGGGCAAGGAUCUGUCGGCUGCAGAGUACAUUGGUAUCAAUGACCCUUAUGAGCGAGAUCACUUUGCCUAUGGUGCAGGACGACGAGUCUGCCCCGGCGUUCACGUGGCAGAGAAGUCCCUCUUCAUCGUCAUCUCCCGCAUCGUCUGGGGCUUCAACAUCGGCAAGAAGAUUGGCCAUGACGGGAGGCCUAUCGAGCCUACUACUGUGAUGAUGCCCGGGUUCCUGAGCAUUCCUACGCCGUUCGAGUGCGACAUUACGCCUCGCUCGCCUGAGCGGGCCAAGCUGAUUCGGGAGGCGUAUGCGCAGUCGCAGGCUGAGGGGUUGCGCUAUAGGGAGUAA